GCCCGACGUCAUGAUUACGGCUGCUUGCCCCCAACUUCGUCAUUCAGCGUUCAACUCGUGUUCGAGUUGUCGGCUACAUGCGCCUGAGGUGCCGAGUAGAUAAAGAGGCACCUAACUGGUACAACCUAUAGGUACCUAUAGGCAGGCAAUCAGGUAGGUAGGAGCCUGCUAAUAUUGUCCGAUAGGGCAUUGAGAGACGGCUACCUCCAGCUCGACAGGGUACCUACAGGCUAUUGUCACCCGCCCCCUUCUCCCGACCGCGAAACGUCUCGUAUGCACCAUGCGAGCGAUCGCCGCGACGCAUCGAGACGCCAUGACCUAAUGUCGACGCCGGCAUCCUUCUGGCGAUAUUGCUGGGUCGGUCAGCCCAUCACGGAAGCCGGCUCCGGAGCGAUUGUUUUCCUCUGUUGAGUUGUCGUCAUUCGAGGCGCGCGGAUACCGUCAUAAAACAACGCUGGGGACUCCGACCUCCGGGGGGGAUUCGAAGCGAGUAUCCUGCUACCAGACGAAAAAUCACCGCGUUCGAUAGAGUGCCACCAUGCAAACCGUUGAGGGAAUACCCGUGAUCGCGAGGGAUUCCCCGCAACAGCGGAGGAACGGGGGCGAGGCUUCUCCCUACCGAAAGCCGCUGAUAGCAGGGGACAAGACUGGCAGCCCCCCCUCACGACUCUCGCUCCGUAUUGCGGCUUGCUUCUGGAGGGCUCUGCAAUACAUCGGCGCUUUUCUGCAUUUCCUGGCCCCCCCACGACCGCCGAGCCCGGAUUUCGUCAGACCCGUCCGGUCUACCUUAUCGGCUCGGAAUGGUCGAUUUGAUCUUCAGUUCUACCUACCCGGGGGCUACAAGAGCAACACCAGGCGCAACAAGUGGCCUGUCGUCGUAAACUUCCAUGGCGGGGGGUUUACGUUGGGUAGCGCAUCCGACGAUGCGAGAUUCGCGCGCUUCGUGUUAGAGAAAUGCCACGCCGUCUUCGCCUCGGUCGAGUAUAGGUUGGCACCAGAGUGUCCCUUCCCGACCGCCGUCGACGACGGGGCAGACGCGAUGCUCUACAUCAUCGAGAACGCGGCCGAGCUUCGCAUUGAUAGCCGCCGAAUCGCGACGUCCGGGUUUUCCGCGGGUGGGAAUAUCGCCCUCACAGCGCCCAUCCGGUUAUACGAGCUCGGAAAGACGACAACGGUUCCCGAACACCGCAUCGUCGCCGUCGCAACCUGGUAUCCCAUCACAGAUUACACGCUAAGUCGCGCCGAGCGCCGAGAAUCUGCCCUUCGCCCCGAACAAACCUUGCCUCCUACAUUAACGGACCUCUUUGACGCGUCGUAUCUCUUCCCUCCCGAGCUCGACCUUGCUCACCCAUGCCUUUCUCCCUCGAGAGCCUCCGAUGAAGUUCUCAGGGAGGGUCUGCCUCCAAAUGUGAUACUUUACACCUGCGAAUGGGAUAUGCUGCUACGCGAGGGCCGCGAGCUUGCCGAACGAUUGGAGCAGCCGCAAAUCGGGAAAAACGUGUUUUACACCAUGAUACCCGGCGUCGCGCACGGUUGGGAUAAGGCGCCAAAUCCGGUGAAGCCGCCUCUUAAGUCGGAGCGUCUCUACGGCGAAUGCUGCCGCAGGCUCCGGAGCAUAUUCGAGGAUCAUGAACCACGCUCCAUUUUCGGCCAGUCGCUGAAACUGACCCCCCUCCUGCACUCACAACGGCGCAGCCACGGGAAUGACACAGAUUAAGCGCGUAAAAGUACCCAGGGUAUCCCCACAUUACGUGCCGAACCCCCAGGAUGCACCGAAGCGUCGAUCAGAAUGAGGGGCACCUAAUAAUCUCGUCUUUCAGUUGCUUUGCCGCUCAUCUGACCUUGGAAACUGAGGUUCUAUGAGUUGUAAGUAGCCGAUACCUACCAUGUAAGGUAGAUGGAUCGGCGGAUCGGAGGAAGAAGGGGGCGGGAUGUUUCGCAGGGAGGGGUCUCGCAUA